UUUGUCGGCAAAAUAAAACCAAAACUGUCCGACUGGCUUGUAAACUUAAACGAUAAAAGAAGCGACAGAUAUUAUUUUCCACUCUUCAUAUAACGUUACUUGACGCUGAAUGUAUGACUGGCGCUGGUGCAAAGGGUGAACGUGUCACGUGUUACAGCUGAUCUUCAGUAUAAAACACUUGUCGAGUUACGACUAGGUUUGCCACCCGUCCCGUAAAAUACGGGAUCGUCCCGUAUUUAAGCUGGUCAGAUGGCGUCACGGUGAAAUCGUUCCAGAUCGCCAAUCUAGCAUUGAUGCAACAACUACAACAUUCCAGUUCGCAUCUAGAUCCAUGAGACCCAUCCCAAAAACCCACCGAGGUGUAACGUCUGCCUCUCACCCUCUAUGGUGAUCAAUACUAAAAGCAGCGAUGUUGAUGCACAUGGCCGUGUUCUGCUCAACUGUCUCAGCAACUGGAAAAUUGGGUGGUCAAACCUGUCAAUAGUUCUGGAGGAGAUGGUUGCUGCCUUUCAGCGUGAAACUCCCCUUUUUGUCACCUAUCCGACCAGAACCCCGUCACUACCUUCACAAGCAAAGCUUCAGCCAAGUCCUUUUUCAUCCUGUGGCAGCUGGCCGCAUGCAGGCAGCAGUUCCACGCAGAAAUCAUCGGCAGCUCAGCAUGGAGUGUCCAUCUCAACAGUGAAUCAGCAUGCCAACAACACUCUACCCAAGAGUACAAAGUCCCAGAGCUGUCUGUCCCUGGCCACUGGCACUGAGAUGAGUGGGGAAAGGAGAUCAUAUACACAAGUGUUGCUGGAUUUCGGGAUCACAUUUGGAGCACAAGCUUUGGAGAUUAACCACCAAACAAACCCAUUCAUCUCUUCUGCCUCAGAUGCAGAGCAGGCUCUGAAACUGCCUGCCAGGGUGAUUACAAUGAAUGAGCAGCAAUUUCUUAUUCAGCUGAAGAAAUGUGAGGACAUAGAGCUAAGGGGAGGCCAAAAUCAGAAUAUCCUUUUUACUUACUUUUUACAGGAUUGCAAUGUACAAAGAACUUACUGUCAGAUCCCAGGUGGUAUCCAAGUUGAAAAGGUGGAAAUGUUUCAGAGCAUCUUGAGUCUGGAGCGGUGCCGUUUCAGCCCCACAGAUGUGCUGGAAGCAGUGCGGUCUUGCUGGGACCUUGACUCUGCUCUGAAAUAUCUCUCCCAUGACUGCCCCAUAUGCCAGGAGCAAGUGUCCUUCAAUAGGAUGAUCACCAUGACACACUGCUCUUGCACAUUCUGUGAGAGCUGUUUUAAGAAAUACUUCUCCUCUGUCAUCAAGGAGAAGUGUAUAGUGCAUGCAGUGUGUCCUAUCUGUAAUCUCCCUGAUUUACGAGGGGGCCAUAGGGAGGAGUCAGUGGAAUACUUCAGUCUGCUCGAGACACAGUGGGCUCCACAGCAUCAAGGGAUCUCCUGUGAGAAGUUCAAAGAGUGGGAGCAACUCAACAGCCCUGAGUACCAAAACUCAAGACUGGAGCAGCUUCUCAGCAGGAACAUAAUAGACUGUCCAAAAUGCAAAUGUAGCUUCUUCCUGGCUAGAGGAGGCUGUUUGCAUUUUAAAUGCACUCAGUGCCAACACGAAUUCUGCGGAGGCUGCAGUCAGCCAUUCAAACAGGGCUCUGGCUUACAUGCUCAUCACCCCAGAGACUGCCUAUAUCAUUUGAGAGAUUGGAGUGUCCCAAGACUACGAAACCUGCUGCAGCAUUUGUGGUGUAAUGGAGUUCCAAGAAACAGGAGCUGUGAAAGAGGAGCCAUGUAGAUGUCUAGCUUUCCCCGAAUACAGUGAUUACUGCAUGUUACAUUAUAAAGAGUGUCUGAUAGAGCUAAUUAACAAGAAUGGACUGGACCCUGUGGUACUGUUAGAUGGUGCUGAGUUGAGGGCAGAACUGGACCACUGGAAAGUGCCAGUCCCAGAGAAACAACCUUUAGAGCCAGAUCAGCAGUACAAGGACAGACUUCGGCAGAUUUUAAAAGAGAGGGUGGUUUUGACCAGCGGUGCAGCCCCUGGAUUGAAGAAAGCUGCUCUUCCCACACCCUCCCCAUCUUCUCCUGCGGCUGGAGCUCCGUGGUACUCAGUCUUGAGUCGAGCUGUGUCUGAGGACUCCUAGCAACUACUGUUACUGACUGAUUGAAGAGCAUAUCAGAGCACAGACCUGGACACAUAGGCAACUUUUCAUGUCAAGUCUAUUCACAGAUUAACAAAGAUGGCAAAGAACUACUUUUUUGUGUGAAUACUUUUAAUUCAUGUUAGAUGAAGAAUUCCUUAACAAUAGGUAGAGAUUAAUCUCCAUUAAUCUCCACUUUCACUUUCACAGUGUGAAAGUGAAAGUGGAGAUUGAUAGUAAAUAAGGACUUAAAUAUUUAUCUGUUUCUUACCCACACCUAUCAUAUCGCUUCUUAAGAUAUGGAUUUAACCACUGGAGUCUUAUGGAUUACUUUUAUGUUUCCUUUAUGUGAUUGUUGGAUCUUCACAGGUCUGGUCACCAUUCACUGAAAUAAAAUAAUCUUUGUUUGUGUUCUGCAGAAGAAAGUCAUUCACAUCUGUGAUGGCAUAAGGGUCAGUAAAUGAUGAGAGAAUUUUCUUUUUUGGGUGAACUAUUCCUUUAAGACCUAAUUAUGUAUAUUUUCAGCUUUUUCUGCUUGUAUUUGCCAAAACCAUUUGUGCUGUGUAUAGUUGCUUUUGUAAGGAAACAUCUAGAACAUAUACAUAUACAUUUGAAGACAGAAGUUUACAUACAGUACACCUUAACCAAAUACAUUUAAACUCAGUUUUUCACAAUUCCUGACAUUUAAUCGUAGAAAACAUUCCCUGUCUUAAAUCAGUUAGGAUCACUACUUGAUUUUAAGAAUGUAAAAUGACAGAAUAAUAGCAGAUUGAAUUAUUUAUUUCGGCUUUUAUUUCUUUCAUCACAUUCCCAGUGGGUCAGAAGUUUACAUACACUUUGUUAGUAUUUGGUAGCAUUGCCUUUAAAUUGUUAAACUUGGGUAAAACGUUUUGGGUAACCUUCCACAAGCUUCUCACAAUAAGUUGCUGGAAAUUUGGCCCAUUCCUCCAGACAGAACUGGUGUAACUGAGUCAGUUUUGUAGGCCUCCUUGAUCGCACAUGCUUUUUCAGUUCUGCCCACAAAUGUUCUAUCAGAUUGAGGUCAGGGCUUUGUGAUGGCCACUCCAAUACCUUGACUUUGUUGUCCUUAAGCCGUUUUGUCACAACUUUGGAGGAAUGCUUGGGGUCAUUGUCCAUUUGUAAGACCCAUUUGCGACCAAGCUUUAACUUCCUGGGUGAUGUCUUGAAAUUUUGCUUCAAUAUAUCUACAUAAUUCUCCUUCCUCAUGAUGCCAUAUAUUUGGUGAAGUGCACCAGUCCCUCCUGCAGCAAAGCACCCCCACAACAUGAUGCUGCCACCCCCAUGCUUCACUGAUGGGAUGGUGUUCUUCGGCUUGCAAGCCUCACCCUUUUUCCUCCAAACAUAACAAUGGUCAUUAUGGCCAAACAGUUCAAUUUUUGUUUCAUUAGACCAGAGAACAUUUCUCCAAAAAGUAAGAUAUUUGUCCCCAUGUGCACUUGCAAACUGUAGUCUGGCUUUUUUAUGGUGGUUUUGGAGGAGUGGCUUCUUCCUUGCUGAGCAGCUUUUCAGGUUAUGUCGAUAUAGGACUCAUUUUACUGUGGAUAUAGAUACUUGUCUACAUGUUUCCUGUAGCAUCUUCACAAGGUCCUUUGCUGUUGUUCUGGGAUUGAUUUGCACUUUUCACACCAAACUACAUUUAUCUCUAGGAGACCGAAUGCGUCUCCUUCCUGAAUGAUAUGAUGGCUGCGUGGUCCCAUGGUGUUUAUACUUGCGUACUAUUAUUUGUACAGAUGAACGUGGUACCUUCAGGCGUUGUGGAUGUCCAGAUUUCUUUUGAUUUUGCAAUGAUGUCAAGCAAAGAGGCACUGAGUUUGAAGGUAGGCCUUAAAAUACAUCCACAGGUACACUUCCAAUUCUGUACACCUCCUAUUAGAAGCUAAUUGGCUAAUUGUCUAAAGGCUUGACAUCUUUUUCUGGAAUUUUCCAAGCUGCUUAAAGGUACAGUUAACUUGGUGUAUGUAAACUUCUGACCCACUGGAAUUGUGAUAUAGUCAAUUAAACGUGAAACAAUCUGUCUGUAAACAAUUGUUGGAAAAAUGACUUGUGUCAUGCACAAAGUAGAUGUCCUAAAUGAUUUGCCAAAACUUUAGUUUGCUAAUAUUAAAU